CGGUGGGCCUGUAUGAGUUCGAGGUGACGGUGGAGGGAGAAGGAGCCCGUGGGCGGGGCUACGUCAACGUCACUGUCAGACCAGAGCCGCGGGUAAACAAGCCUCCCGUUGCCGUGGUUUCCCCCAAGUUCGAAGAGCUGUUCCUGCCGACCAGCUCCACGGUGAUCGACGGCAGCCGGAGCACCGACGACGACAAGGUGGUGAUGUGGCACUGGGAGGAGGUCAAAGGUCCCCUGAGGGAGGAGAAGGUCUCAGCCGACACCCCCAUCCUCACCCUCACCGGCCUGGUUCCGGGAAACUAUACCUUCAGUCUGACGGUGACGGACUCUGAUGGAGCCACAGACUCCACGCAGGCGUCGCUCUCUGUGAACAAAGCUAAGGACUACCGGCCUGUGGCCAACGCCGGCCCUAACCAGGUCCUGCAGCUGCCAAGGAACUCCAUCACUCUGUACGGGAACCAGAGCACCGACGACCACGACGACCUGUCCUACGAGUGGUCUCUGAGCCCAGAGAGCAAGGACAAGGUGGUGGAGAUGCAGGGUGUUCGGACCCCCAUCCUGCAGCUGUCCGCCAUGCAGGAGGGAGACUACACCUUCCAGCUGACAGUGACUGACUCUGCAGGGCAGCAGGACACGUCCAAGGUCACCGUCAUCGUCCAGCCAGAGAACAACAAGCCGCCGGUAGCGGACGCCGGGCCGGAGAAGGAGCUAACGCUGCCUGUAGACAGAACCACGCUGGACGGCAGUAAGAGCAGCGACGACCAGAAGAUCGCCACCUACCACUGGGCCAAGACCAGUGGUCCUGAUGGGGUGAAAAUAGAAAAUGCAGACGGCGCCAUUGCCAUGGUGAUGGGCCUGGAGGUCGGCACGUACAAGUUCACACUGACCGUAACGGACGAGAGGAAGCUGGAGAGCAGCGACACGGUGACCGUCAUCGUCAGAGAAGAAACGGACCAGCCGCCCGUGGCCCGUGUCCUGUCCAGUCAGCCCGUCUCUCUGCCCGUCAGGACCGCCGUCCUGGACGGGUCCCGCUCCUCGGACGAUAAAGGCGGCCUGAGCUUCCAGUGGAGCCGAGGUGAAAGCAGUCCUGCAGCCGGGGAUGUGCUGAACAACUCUGACCACCAGGCGGUGCUGCUGCUGGGAAACCUGGUGGAGGGGAAGUACAGCUUCACCCUGACAGUGACUGACAGCAAAGGACAGAGCAGCUCAGACACCGGAACCGUGGAGGUCCGACCAGACGUGUGGGAGCGUGACCUGGUUGAACUGGUCCUGGAGGUUCCCGUUUCCCAGAUCUCCAAGCGUCAGCGUGACCUGCUGCUCCGUCAGGUGGGGGUCCUGCUGGGCGUGCUGGAUGGUGACAUCAUCGUCAGAGAGAUCAGUGCCUUUAAUGAGCACAGCACCCGUCUGGUCUUCCUGGUGUCGGGCGGUCCAGAGCGCCCCCCUCUGCCCGGCCGCAGUGUGACGCUCAGCCUUCGCAGCAAACUACGCAAACAGAAGAACGACUUCCUGAUCUUCAAAGCUCAGCGUGUCGACACGGUUGUCUGCCAGCUGAACUGCUCCGGCCACGGAGAGUGUGACUCCUUCACUCGGAGGUGCGUCUGCCACCCGUUCUGGAUGGAGAACGUCAUCAGAGCCCAGCUAGGGGAUGCAGAGAGCAACUGUGAUUGGAGCGUGCUGUACGUCACCAUAGCAUCCUUCAUGAUUGUGGUUGCUAUGGCAACGCUGGUCUGGUUAGCCGUCUGCUGCUGCAACAGGCGGAGGAGCAAAGUUCGCCGCAGCAAAAGUCGUUAUAAGAUGCUUGAAGGCGAAGAUCAGGACGUCUUGGAGCUUCAGCCGCCAAGAACCACCCGUCUCAAGCCGGUUCCUGGUCCUACGUCCUCGGCUCUCAUGCACUCUGACUCGGACCUGGACAGCGAUGAGGGUCAGGAGCGUGGACACCUGCUGCGGACCCAGAACGGCUCCCUGAAGAACGGCGAGGGGCCCCCCAGGGCCAUGAAGCCCAGAGAGGAGCUGCUAUAGCCGACGGACUCCCAGAUUAUUCCUGCUUCCACCCUGAGCCAGAAGCGAGCUGGCAUCACUGGAACCACUGGUUACACACUGUGAGACGAGUUUACUGAUGAACGCUUUCCUUUCUGCUUAAACGACCCCCCCAGCCGGCCGCCGGCCGCCAUGUCGCCUCCAACCAAACACUGCCACGUCUGAGGGCCACUGACCGGAGGAGCUACCAAACCAGAGAUACCACCUUAAAACGCCGCCUAGGGAAACCUGCAUGAUGAGGGCCGCCCUGAGAUUCUGCUGCAUGUCUGUGUGUCGGUUUAUUUCUGUGUUGUUGACCCACAGGACAGUCUGGGGGGGGCGCUUUAUUCUGACACCCUGUCACACACUGGAGAACGCCUCGUUAAGGCGCCUCGUUAAGGCGCCUCGUUACGGUGCUGACUGAGCCCAGCCGCUGACGAGCUGUUGAUGCACUUUGACUAAAUGUCUCAUUUUGUCUCUAAUGUUGGUUUGAGAAAUCAGCUGAUGCUGAAGGUUUAAAGAUGAGGAAAUGUUCUGCCCCCCCUUAAUCUGGGGCGCUUUUUAAUCUGAAUUUUAUGCCAUUAGAAGUUUUUAUUUUCCUGCUGAGGCAGAAACCUGAGGAUGAGAUUGUCUCCGUUGGUUUAAUUGGUCUUCCUGCUCAGACGGGCCGUCCCUGAUGGUUAUCUGGAUGACGAGGAGCUCGCCGGGACAUUUUAAUCUGUUUCCUCACUGCGCUGCUUUGAUUCUAGUUGAUUCUAAAAAGCUCUGAAUGUCAGAAACUGAGGAAUUUAAAGAGCUUUAUUCUUUCCUGCUUUUAAAGAUAAAAUGUGAAGGUGAGGUAAGAAGUUCAGCAGGAGCUUCAUGAAGAAUGUUUCCUCCUCAGCAACAUGCUGCAGCCUGUAUGGAUCCCAGCUGAGCUGAACUCCUCCUCCUCCUCCUGCUCCUCCUCCUGCUCCUCCUCCAGCCGGGCCACAGCGCCUCACCAGCCGGGUCACUUCCCUGUCGGCCAUCUUGUGUGUGAAGAAAAGGCCGGCUGUGGAAACGUGUGAGAUGGAUGAUGUUGGUUCUGUUUCGUGUUCAUUGGUCUCUUUAGUUCCAGCUGUGUUCAUGUUUAGGACCUGAGCUUCCAAUUAAGCCCCGCCCUCCUCUGUCUGUCAUUAACUGGAUCAUCUGCAAAUCAGAAUAAAAUGUUUUCAUGGUUUGUUAACUUGAUCUGUUUCCUCUCUGCAUGUUUCUGUUAUUCAGUUUGAUAGCUUCUGCUUGUUAGCAGCAGCAGAUGCUAUGCUAGUCGUUAUCUGACUGAACUCAUCAGCUUUGACCUUUGACCUGUGACAUCAGGCCGUCUGUGAGUCCGGUUCCUCGGUGCAGCCCAGGUUCCUUUAAGUUCACUCAGUUUUCUUUCUUUGUUCAGGAAGAAGAAGCUGGAGCGAGUUAGGAAAACAUAACCAAAGUAUAAUGCAAAUAAAAACAUGAAGGUUCAGUCUGAGGUCUGCUGCCCACUAGAGGCCAGGUGAUGAACUGACUGAAUCUAAGCACCAAUCAGAUCCUUCCUCCUUUGGUAAUUAUUGCUCAUCAGUUUAAAAGAAACUAGAAUAUGUUUG